UGCCAGUGGUCGAUCGACAAAGCACUAAAAUUAUUAGAAUCGCCCCAUUCGAAGCAGGCGAAUUUGAUUCCAGUUUUUUUUUGUCAGAUUUUUUUUGUUUGUUUCCGACGGUCAGAAAUAAAAAACCACUUGACCAGUUCGAGUGGUUUGAAUGGUUAAAUAUUCCGGCCGCUUAAAAAUCAACCCUUCUGACCGCAACGGCUUCUGGAGGGUUCCGGACCGAGCUAACGACCGAGUGUCAAUUUUACCGGUCCGACCGGCAUGCUCACUUCGGUCUUAAUAACACCGCUAAUAAAGCAUCGAGAAGGCAACAAGAAAGAAAAACAUGAAAGAGCAAUUGAGAGAUGCAAAGGUUGAAUUUGCUCAAAGUACAAGCGAACUAGGUGAGUUCGGACUCAUGAUCGGGACACGAAAAGGAAAAAAGAGUUUAGUGUUCCUGGAUCAAGACUGUUAAGAUAAAGGCUCUGAUACCAUAUAGGAGCUUUAUGAAUAGUAGAUUUUAUGGAUCCUACAACACUACAAGAAACAUAAGUAUUAACGACAGCUUCUUAAAGACGGUCAUCAGAAACGUCAUUAUCUAUCAGCUCCACUACGGAAUAUUUGCCGUCCAAGUGGCCGUCGUUAUCCACGCGUCAUUUUUCCCACGUGAAGCUUCCUCGUGGCUUGUACCAAACUUUUGAUUUUAAUACUAUUUUAUGCUACACUUUUUUAGUAUUAUAAAAAUAUACUUUUCAGAGUUUAAGAAUAGAAACAAAAUAGAGAAAAUCCCUCUGUCCUGCUCAUCAUUCUUCCUAUCCUUUCUCUCAUCGUUCUUCAGAUCUUCUCCUCUCUGUCCCAAAUUUCUAAAUAAAAACCCUAAUUUUUGUUGGAAGGACGAUAAGAAGAAGAUUUGAGAAUGCAGUUUUGUGGAGAUAAACAGACCGCUCCAGUCAUCCUCAUACUCGUUCAUCACUGUGGAUGCUAAUGACAUCGGCGAUGGACGGCGACGUUCAGAUUACCAAUCCGAGCUUCGUUGUGUUUGAGAAUCGAUUGAAGGGUUCUCCGUUGCCAUAAGAUCCAGAUUUUGUAUAUCAUUGGAAAGAGGAUGGGUGCGGCAAGAUCUCAUCGACGAGGAGAUUACUUGGCUGUGCUCUAAUGAGCUUCGUCGAGAAUUUCAAUGGAGGUUAACAACUGAUACUGCUAGCUAGUUUCAAUUCAUUCGAUUAAUUUAUUUCCUUGGGCAAUAUAUGGGCAUAUUCCUAUACAUUAGGAUUGAGGCCUGAUUCUUUACUAGAUUUUACUUGACUUAACCGUGGAAUUGUUGCAAUCUUAGGGUUCUAGAGUCAUUGGGGCUUGACUGUAUUACUGCAGGUGUUUUCCCCGAGCGUGGGCAAUGGAGGCAGAUACAACUUAACAAUUUCGUAAAAAAAUUGAAGAGUCAAUGUUGUUUUGGAUGCAUGUUUCUGUCAUCCCCUGUUCGCUACCGUUUGUUGUUGAAGCUAGCCAGCUACCUUAGUGAUCUUAAUUUUCUUAUGGUAACUGAUUUAUUUUGUAUGUUUCCUUUAGCAUGGAGGCCUUUGUAUCGAGAUGCUUUUGGGGUUCAUCAAGAAGAACAACCAAGUUUUGAUGUAACUUUCUUAUGCUGGUUAUGCUCUUCUCACUGACAGGCUGAGUAAUCGAUGUUAUGGUAUUUACCUUGAAAUCAUAUAGAGGAGGAGCCAGUUGAUAAGAGUAAGCAUUGGGGUAAUUUGGUAACGAGGAAGAUAUGGAAGAAGAGGAACUUGAGGGUGGCAUAUAUGUUCACAGUAUUUCAAGGUAUCAAGUUACUAAUGUUUUUGCACUUUGAUUUCAGUGAGGCUUUCGUUCUAGUAUUAUCAAGAGUUCGAUUGUUUGGGUUUCUAUAUCAAUCCUUUAUUUUCUUUCAUACAGUACACCAACUGGUGUUGAGACACCUCUUUUCUAGAAUUAUCUUUCCCACCUUGUGUAAGAAUAUUUGUUCUCUUAUGUAUUCAGCACUUUCAAAAUAUUUUGAUGUCAACUAAGCUUCAGUUUCCACAUGGCGCUUUGGAGAAGCCGCAUCCAAACUGUGUAGACCUGUGCAGAAGCCUUUGAUGCCAUAAGCCAGGUACCUAUAUCCAUGUAUGUUAACGUACCUACUUGUAGCCUUAAAAUGGUAUUGUUUGAUUGGUAAGUGAAAUUGUAUCCUACUUGGUUGCUGCUUUUUCCCCUAUCAGUGUAUGUUGUUGUGUAUAACUUUAUAUCUAAAUGAGUGUAUGUUGUUGUUCCCAUCAAAUUGAGGGGAACUAGUAUAGUAGAUAGCUUAUUUACUCUGUUUCCUUGCUUUUACUGUGAGAAAUUGUGGUAGCUAGAUGCAUUCGAAGUGAAACUCUAGGGAUUCUUCUAUGCUUAUAAUUAGAAUCUGGGUUGUUGAUCAUGUCCUCUCAGUUGACCUAAAAUGGUGGAUGUUCUGUAUUUUACCCUCCUUGCGUUUAUUGCAGAAGAACUCUUGAGGUAGCUAGAUGUAUUAGGCUAACUCCCUGUCAGGUGAACUCCUAUGUGUUCAUUAUUUCCUUAAGAGCAGAUCUUGUAUUACUAAUACCAAUUUUGCAGGCAAGACUCAAAGUAAUGGUAAAGAAGGCAAAAAUGGGUUAUCCAGAUUCUGGAAGAGUUUCAGAAGGUGGAGAAAAAAAGGGUUCUUAAGAGCACUCUCUGUAAUGAUAGAAUUCCAGAAGUCACUAUAUGGCGUGUAUGUUUCUUUCCGAGAGUUCAUGAAAUUGACUGUAAUGCCUAGUUCCUUUCUCACUUGGAAAAAUGACUUGUUUCUCUUCAUCUUUCCUGUCAUGUGGAUUUUAACUUGUCAUUUUCAUUGUUAAUUUCAGUUGGUAUUAACUUUUCUGGCGAUGGACAUAUUCUUGUAUGGAAUGGCUUAUCAGGAGUUGACAGUGCAGUUGCAACUUGCAAGGGAGGCAAGGAUAUUGGAUAAGUACAAUGAUUGAAACCUUAAUUUUCAAUUUCUCUUGAUAUAAUCAUUAGGUUGUUGUUCAAUUUCGUUAUAAUCAAAUCAAUUGGAUGUGGAUAUUGGAUAUGUGCAACCAAUGAUUGUUGUCUUUUCUGGACUUUAAAAAAAAAAUCUGGUAAUAGAUCUGGCCUUUUCAUGGUUUAAUUAUAUCUGCUGCUACUUUUCAGAAUUGCGUAAGUGUUCUGCUACUCAUCAAAGAGACGUUCUUCAAACAUGGUGAGAAGGAGACCUUAAGGUCUUGCGUGAAAGCGCUUAAUUUCUCCUCCGUAGAGAGCAAGUGGGAGCUUAAAGAUUAUGCUUGCCGGAUGAGCUUAUUGCUAAGCUUAGAUCUACUUUCAAAGAAGCUACGGUAAAGGGCUACGGUAAAGAAGCUACGGGAAGAUCUUGCUACAGAAUUCAAGAUGCGAACUUAGGUAUGUUCCUUCCUUCCCUUGCACUCAACCCAGAUGAAGGAUGGGAGAAGAUAAUAACUACUAUAUUUCUUUUUUCUCAACUUUAUAGCAUGGCAUUUAGUUUUUAUUCGGUGACAACAUGUGCCGCCCUUAGCUAGAGUUCCUUACCUGAAUGAGCAGAUUCGAAAGAGUUGGCUAUUCUUUAAGUUCAUUUCUAUGGUGAUCGGUUUACAUUUAUAAUGCUUGUGAAAAUUUUGUUGCAUUAUGAUAAAGUAAGAUCGACAUUAUUGUUCAUAAUUUCUAUUUUAACCUUGAAUGGCAGUUAGUGUCCUGAGUAUGGUUCUUCUGCACAUAAAUUCAAUGGAGGGAAUGUUGCGUUGUAAUAAACGUUCUUGUGUAUUUUAUUUUUGUUAAACUUUAGGUAAUGUGAGUGGAGGAAAUUGCAAAGAGUUGGCGGGGCAAGAAGAUGUUGAUGGAUAUUUGGUUGGUGGAGCUUCUCUCUAGGUGAUUGCGAUUGAGUAAAAUUGUCAUCAAUUUAUUGAGGGUCUUCUCUUCAAUAUUUAUUCCCUGGCUUUUUUACCUGACUCUCUCAUUUUACCUCUUUGUCAGCCUGAGUUCUUCAAAAUCAUGAAGUCUGCCACUGUUAAGAAGAGCACUUGAGAUUUGGAUUGAUGUAAGAGUGCCCCGAGCUCAUCGAAUUCAUUUAUGACAUCAUGAAAUUAGCCAAGAAACAUAGUGACGCUGGGGAGGCAGAGAUUUUCAGACACGGAGGUUAGUUUCUAUCUUGUUACAUUAAAUGUCAAACUAUCAAGAAUUAUCAAAAGGGGUAACUGCUGUCAUUCGUAGAAAUUUAAUAUAUGAACUGAGAAUUUCUCUUGUAACGUUAGGAAGUUGGUUUGUUAAGGACGAAGGAGAGGCAUUCUUCUUCAAAUUUUGGCAUUCCACGUACCCUUUGUGUUAGUCGUCAAGCUUGCUUAUUUUGGGAAUGCUAGUCUUGGGUGUGGGUCAAAAUGCAAGUUGCUCGGUCUCAUUGUAGUGUAAUCUGGACAGACCUAUCAUUGAUUGAAGCCUGUGCCAAAGUUGAAGUUAUAGUUCCUAAAUGUUGUGUUUUCCCGGUAGCCUGCAUAGCGUCACUAUGGUUCCUUCUGGGGACUCUCUUGUACUACUUUCAAUAUUGUUUCUCUGCCCCUUAAGAAAAGUUUUGUUUACCUGCAGCUUUAAUUGACUAGCUGUUUGUUUAAUUGUUCUUUUGAUAUCAUAAGACCUCAUCAGCUUAAUAAUCCUAGCUUGUGAAAGUAUUUUGUACACACCGUUGUUUCUUAGUACUUGCAUUCUGUUUUCCGUGGUUAUUAUCUCUGAUUUGCUUCCUGUUUCCUUGCAGUGCGAGAUUCUUUUGUUUGGUGAGAUGCAGUGCUAGAUUUCUGAUAUGCUGUAAGAGGGGCUGGUGGUUUUGCAAGAAGGACGACAAAGAGGUUUUGAACUUUCACAAGGAACAUUAGUUGUCAUAUAUAUGAUAAUGUUAAACUUUAGAAUGUUCAAGGGAUUUUUGGUUGAGGAUUGAUGAUUUUAUUAAUAUGAAGGCUUUCCAAAACUAGAUUUGUGUGAUUUUGUUGGUUAAUUUUUGCUCAAAUUACUAUUAUUUAGUUCUAGUUGAUUGGACUAGGUCACAGGUACUACUUGGAAAAGCAAGCAUUUUAGUGACACAUGUAUUUAAUUUAGCGACGGUUUUGAACGUAGCUAAUCCCUGAAAGAACCUUUCGACUAAUACAUAUAAUGACAGUCAUUUUUAAAUUAGCGACGGUCAUGCCCGUCGUUAAAUUGUACCGACGGUUGAGACAACGGUCGUCCAAAAGCGUCGCAAACUAAUUUAAGGACUGCUGGGUCAGUGACAGUCGCCUGUCCGUCGUUAAAGUUUUUUGCGACGGUUUCAACCGUCGCUAAAUAGAAAGAAAACCGUCGCUAACGAGCUGCUUUCUUGUAGUGAAUUACAUGUCUGAUUGCAAUAGAGUUUCUUAUUAUGUAUUAGUAGUAAUUCAUGUUAUUGGCAAUAAUAGGCUUAAUUGCAAGUUUGGUCACCCGAAUUGCUUAAAAAUUUCACGUUUGCCACCCGAAUUGAUUUAUUUCAUUUAUAGUCACUCGAAUUAGUUGAACAGUCCAAGUUCGGUCACUCUCCGUUAACCUCCGUUAGACUCCGUUAAUGACGACCGUUAAGUGAUGACGUGGCUAACAGAAAGAUACAGUCAGCACAUUUAAACAUUAAAAAACAACGACCCGACCCGACCCGCCAGCUCAGCCUUACCAGCCAGUCAGCCAUUGUUGCCCAAACCCGCGAACCAAUCAAAUUAAUUGACCCUAAACCCAACCCCACACGAGAAACAACACAUACUUCGGAAAAAUUCAUUUCAUAGCUUCUUCCACUCCCCAUCCGUUCAUCUCCCAAACCCUAACAAAUUCUCCAUCUCUCUAGAUCUCUCGCUGCCGAGAUCUCAACUCCGGCGAGAUUUCCCGAUGAAUGUGACACCACCCUCAUUAGUACUCAUUCAAAUCUCCACCCGGAUCUCAUUUUUGUUCUCUCUUGCAUGAGCAUUUGGAAAUUAAAAAAUGGCUUCAGCUUGCGUCAACAACAUCAGAGUUUCGCCGGAGAGCUUCCCGUCGCCGGGGACGUACUCCUCUUAUGGCUGGCUGAGUCCUCGCAUCUCAUUCAGCCGCGAGGAUAAUUCCUCGUCCAAACACUACCACCAAAAACAGCCGUCGCUGCCCUCCAAGCCAGCUCCGGCUAUUUCUCCUCCUCAACCUCCGAUGGCUGCGAUUCCGCAACCGGAGCAGCAGCAGCAAGAUCUCCUACCGGACUUCGAGUUCUACCUCGACGACCCCGUCGCCAUGCUCCCCAUCGACGAGCUCUUCUCUGAGGGGAAGCUGGUGCCGAUGCAGGUCACGAGCUCGAUGCCUUGGUCGUCGACGGCAACUUCAGCGGAGUUUUUGGCCGGAAUCGCGACAACAUUGGAGGCGAAAUCUGGCCGGAGGAUGGAGAUGGAGCUAUCUGGCGGGAUCAACGGUACAACUGACCAGUACUUGUUCUCGCCGAAGGCGCCUCGAUGUUCGAGCCGGUGGAAAGAGAUUCUGGGGCUGAGGAAGUUUUAUCAGAACAACAGCUCCAAGGCGGCGGCGUUUCCUUCCUCGUCGUCUUCUUCCAACAAUAACCAGAAAUCAUUGAGGCAUUUCCUCCAUAGAAGCUCGAAAUCCUGCAACAGCUGCGGCAAUUCCUCUUCUAAUUCCUCGCUCGAUGGUACCCUAAGUCUUCCAUUGCUGAAAUCAGACCUGGACUGUGACUCGUCGGUUUCCCUCUCUUCAUCCCGCUUAUCGCUCUCAUCCUCGUCAUCCAGCCACGAGCACGAAGAUCUCCCCAGACUCUCCCUCGAUUCGGAGAAGCCAAAUGCCGCUUCUAAUUUGAGCCUGACAUUCAACCCUUUGCAGAGUCCGAAUCAGUUUGUUCUGAAAUGAAUUUUUCCGCCAUUGUUAGAGGUGAAGUGGGAGGAGGAGGAAAGGAAGAGGUGGAUGGGGAUGGGGUGAUUCUCGCGCAUAUUAAAGAGGAAGAGAUGGUUAGGGAUUCACUUUAGAGGGGUAGACUUAUAGAAGGGGGCUAGAUUCAAGGGGGGGUUGGGUCUCGGGGUUGGGUUUAGGGUCAAUUAAUUGGGUUGGUUCGCGGGUUUGGGCAAGAAUGGCUGACUGGGCGGGUAAGGCUGAGCUGGCGGGUCGGGUCGUCGUUUUUUAAUGUUUAAAUGUGCUGACUGUGUCUUUCUGUUAGCCACGUCAUCACUUAACGGUCGUCAUUAACGGAGUCUAACGGAGGUUAACGGAGAGUGACCGAACUUGGACUGAUCAACUAAUUCAAGUGACUAUAAAUGGAAUAAAUCAAUUCGGGUGGCAAACGUGAAAUUUUUAAGCAAUUCGGGUGACCAAACUUGCAAUUAAGCCGGCAAUAAUAUGAUGGAUAGUAUACUGAUUCUACUAUAUAAUUUUCAAAAUUGCUACCAAUAACUCAUAAAAUCAAUACUACACCCACCAUAUUACUACUACGCACCUAAAACAAAAGAGUAAUGUUUUAGCCGCAUGAAUAAUAGUAAUUUUUAUUAGUUCUUGAAGAGGUAAGAGUGUUUUCCAUGUAAAUUUUUGGGUACCGAUCGAGAGCUGUGAUGGAGAGGAAGAGGAAGAGAGACGUGAUGGAAGGGAGGAGAGAUAGGAAAAAAUUGUAACCGCAUUCAAUUACAAUCCCGAAAAAUUUGCCCACAUAAAUAAAUAAAUUUAAAAUUUCUCUCAUAUUACUAAUCUACCCUUCCUUUAUCUGUAGCCAUUAAAUUUAAAAUAAAAUUAAAAUAUUUAAAUGCUAGUUAGUAUGGUGUUCCCAUGUCUUCCAGCUACUUUAUCGCCGACUUUGAUUUCACGUUUUUGUAAUAUAUAUACACGAAUCGUUUCUGGAUUAUAGCUGGAACCCCCCGUUUCCUGAUCCAUCUCACAUCAAUCACUCGACCCCUACCACCUAUAGGUAGUUUUAGACAGGUUUCCUUUGAAGUAGAUACCUGAAUUCCAAGGAUAGCUCGUAAUAAUCUAUCUUCCGGGGCAUACGAUGAUUCUUUCGCGAUUUGAGGCGUUAAUUUACCUACUAAAAUAUCACCUGUCUCGACCCAAGAUCCCAACAUAACAAUUCCAUUUUUGUCUAAAUUUCGGAGUAAAUGGGCUUCUAAAUGUGGUAGCUAACCUUCUAUAAAGUUAGCACCCAAUCUGUUCCCCAGAGAUGAGAGCAGUUUUUCAGCAUUUCGAAUUUUCUGCAACGAGAGCGAAAAUAGGAAGGGUAAUUGUGUCUUCACAAUCAUUAUUUAUUUUUCAUUCAUAAGAAAAAGGCGAAAUACAUUGGUAUAGCCAAACAUUUUUUCCUUGUGACAGUUCUAGCCACAACUUUCAGUAAUGACAAAUCUAGCCAGAUUUAGGAUAUUGUUUGGACAAUUAUAGCCAUUUUCGUUAUAAACUUUAACAGCGUUAAAGGUUUCUUUAACACCGUUAACGGUAAGCUGAGGUGGACGUACACCUAUCCAUGUCAACUUCCACAUCAGAUGCCACGUCAUGCACCUAGAUGCCACGUCAUAUUUAAUAAAAUAAAAAUAAUUUC